GAAUAAAAAGGCCGUGAGGCCCGACCCGAUCUUUUUAUUUACGUGCCAGGCCAAAAAUCCAUGCCCGGGCCGAUCUUAAAAGCACGGCCCAUACAGGUCGACGGCACAAACAGGUCCACCAACCCCGGAAACUGAACCCAAUCCACUCGCCCCAAAAACGCGAGCGUGAGUGAAACGGCCUCCCCUGCUGCUACGCAACAGGCAGCAACGACUUCCCCUCCCCAUCCAUCCGAACGCCCGCACGCCCCCAGCGCCUCUCACCAUGACUCAGGAAGACACGCAGGCGCCCGUGAACUUCUGGGGCGAGCACCCGGCCACGGAGGCGGAGUACUACGCAGCCCACGGCGCGGAGGGCGAGUCGUCCUACUUCUCCACGCCGGACGACGCGGGCGCGCGCCGCCUCUUCACGCGCUCGUGGCGCCCGGCGGGUGGGGGCGCCGGCGCGCGGCCGAGGGCGCUCGUGUUCAUGGUCCACGGCUACGGCAAUGACAUCAGCUGGACGUUCCAGGCCACGGCCGUCUUCCUGGCCCGCUCCGGCUUCGCCUGCUUCGCCGCCGACCUCCCCGGCCACGGCCGCUCCCACGGCCUGCAGGCCUUCGUCCCCGAUCUCGAGGUCGCCGUCGCCGACCUGCUCGCCUUCUUCCGGUCCGUCCGGCGGCGCGAGGAGCACGCCGGGCUGCCGUGCUUCCUGUUCGGGGAGUCAAUGGGCGGGGCCAUCUGCCUGCUGAUCCACCUCCGCACGCCGCCGGGGGAGUGGGCGGGGGCCGUACUGGUGGCGCCCAUGUGCAGGAUCUCCGACCGGAUCCGCCCGCGCUGGCCGGUGCCGGAGAUCCUCACCCUCGUGUCGCGGUUCGCGCCGACUCUCCCCAUCGUGCCCACGGCCGACCUCAUCGAGAAGUCCGUCAAGGUGCCCGCCAAGCGCCUGAUCGCCGCGCGCAACCCCAUGCGCUACAACGGCCGGCCCAGGCUCGGCACCGUCAUGGAGCUGCUGCGCGCCACCGACGAGCUCGGCGCGCGCCUCGGCGAGGUCACCAUCCCGUUCCUCGUCGUGCACGGCAGCGCCGACGAGGUGACCGACCCCGCCGUCAGCGGCGCGUUGUACGAGGCCGCGGCCAGCGAGGACAAGACCAUCAAGAUGUACGACGGGAUGCUCCACUCCAUGCUCUUCGGCGAGCCGGAGGAGAACAUCGAGCGUGUCCGGGGCGACAUCCUCGCCUGGCUCAGCGAGAGAUGCACGCCGGCAGCAACUUCCUGACAAACAUAGAAAAGAUCAAAAGAAACAAGAAAUGCAUUCUAUUCGGAUUGUGCAAUGACCAACACAGACACCGGAAUUGUUUUCAUGUGCAAAUGUGCGACGAUUAUCUCUCUAUAUACACAUAUAUGUUUUGUCUCUGUUCAA